GUAGUUGCUGGCUGCUGCCCGUGUUGCUAGCAAACCAGAUUGCUGUAAAAGAAACAGAGAAACUUACAUUUUGACGGAUGGAGGAUCAUAAUUAUUAUUUAACGGAGGAAAAAGCGCGCGAGCCGCCAUGGAGGCAGAGACAGGAGGAGGAGCGGCGGCGGCGGGAGCGGCGGCGGCAGAGGAAGACCUGGGUGAACAUCGGAGCGGCCUUCCUCAGGUGGAGGUCUCUGAUGUGGGAGAAAAACUUCCACACCGACGCCGAGAUGGCCUGUUUCCUCCUGGAAAGCUAUGCGAGAUGUAUCGCUCCCAUGAAGAGAAGACCUCUUCCAGUCAAGCCUCCAACAGUGUCAAGCAUUUGUGCAUCAAGUGGGACUGAAAGUUUCAGAAGUCUUUACAAGACAAACAGCAAAAAUCCCAGCAUACACAUCUUUGCAUUGAUGCCCUCAACACCUGCACCAGCCACGUCAGCACAGGUGCAGAGGCCCGUCAGACGAGAUCUUGAUGUCCAGCAGCUGUUGGGGAUUAAAGGUGUUCCUCCUGAGAGGAGCCCCAGCCUGGACCAAAAGGACCCAGAGCCCCUUCACCUAAAAGAGGAACAGGCGGACCCAGAGCCCCUUCACCUAAAAGAGGAACAGGAGGACCCAGAGCCCCUUCACCUAAAAGAGGAACAGGUGGAUCCAGAGCCCCUUCACCUAAAAGAGGAACAGGUGGAUCCAGAGCCCCUUCACCUAAAAGAGGAACAGGCGGACCCAGAGCCCAUUAAUGUAAAAGAGGAACAGGAGGACCCAGAGCCCCUUCACCUAAAAGAGGAACAGGUGGACCCAGAGCCCAUUAAUGUAAAAGAGGAACAGGAGGACCCAGUGUCCCUCCACAUAAAAGAGGAAGAGGAGGACACUGAUAUCACCAGGUUCACUGCUGUUAUUGUGAAGAGUGAAGAUGAAGAAGAGAAACCUCAGUCCUCAGAGCUUCGUCAAAUCCAAACGGGGGACAGCAGAGAGGCAGAGCCUCCAAUCAUCAGCUCCGAUACGCAGAUAAAAACAGAAACUGAUGCACAGGACUGCAGAGACCCCAAACCAGCCAGGAACCUAGAUCCACAUCGUCAUUCACAACCAAAUACUGAUGAUGGAAAGGCCUCAGACUCUUCUGAGACUGAAGACAGUGACAACGGUUGGCAAGAACCCAUGUCAGAUUCUGGGCCUGAAACUGAAGACGGUGCCAGCGGUUGGAUGGAGACCAGGACAGCUGAGUCUGCUGUAAAUGCUCUGAAAUAUAAGGACGCCCCUGUAAGUGAUGAGGGAUGUAACGCUGACAAAAUGUCCUUCAGCUUCUUUAAAAGCAGUAAACGUUUUCACUACAAGGGGUUUCUGCAGAAACACAUGAUCUGUCAUUUUGGAAAACUGUCCUCCAGAAGUUUGGUUAGGAAGAAAAAAGAUUCACAGAUGAGAGCUCACACAGGAGAGAGACCAUUUGAUUGUGAUGUUUGUGGGAAAAGAUUUCAAAAAAAAGAAAAUCUGAAGGCACACAUCACACUUCACACAGGAGAGAAACCAUUUGGUUGUGAUGUUUGUGGGAAAAUAUUUAAAACAUACCGGGUUUGCAAGUCACACAGGAGAAUCCACACAGGAGAGAAACCAUUUUGUUGUGAUGUUUGUGGGAAAAGAUUUGUGCUACAAGGAAAUCUGAUGGGACACGUGAGAAUUCACACAGGAGAGAAACCAUUUGAAUGUCAUGUUUGUGGGAAAAGAUUUAAAACACGCUGGGUUUGCAAGUCACACAGCAGAGUCCACACAGGAGAGAAACCAUUUGAAUGCCAAGUUUGUGGAAAAAGAUUUCAAAAAAAGGAAAAUCUGAAGACGCACGUGACGCUUCACACAGGAGAGAAACCAUUUGGUUGUGAUGUGUGUGGGAAAAGAUUUGCGCUACAAGGAAAUCUGAACAAACAUACGAGAAUCCACACAGGAGAGAAACCAUCUGAAUGUCAUGUUUGUGGGAAAAGAUUUACACGGGAGAAAACUUUGAAGGAGCACAUGAGAAUCCACACAGGAGAGAAAAUGUUUCAGUGCAGUCUUCGUGGGAGGUGGGUUGGACUGCAGCAUCAUUGCCGGUCACACAUGCGAAUCCACACAGGAGAAAAGCCAUUUGAAUGUGACUUUUGUGGGAAAAGAUUUAGACUUAAAGCUAGCUGCAGGGCCCACAUACGAAUCCACACAGGAGAGAAACCAUAUGGAUGUGCUGUUUGUGGCAAACGAUUUGCAGCGCAAAGAGGUCUGAAGUGUCACAUGAAAGUCCACACAAGAUAGAAAUUGUUCUUUUUAUAAAAGCAUUUUUGUGAAAUAUUAAAAGCUGUUUCUCACCAACACGAUGUGAAAAACACGGAGCGGAAAUAUAGAAAAUUGACGUGCAAAAUUUAAAAAGAUUUGAAACCAGGUCCAGUGUAAACCAUGUGCGUUGCUGUUUCCCAUUUUCAUUCCGAUGUGAACCACACAAUUCAUUCACUCUCCGAAACUCAGUCCGCCAUCACUUUUCUUGUGCUAAUUUUAGAUGCUUUUCACAGGUAUUUAACCCUUU